AUGAAAUAUGGUAAAAAAGUUAUGGACAUGAGUAAAGAGGAACUUUAUCUGGUUUAUUCUGCUAUAAGUAAACUAAAAUAUCCAAAACUUGAUGUUGAUGAUGUACAGGAAAUUAUUAUUAAAUGGUUACUUGAAAAUAAAUUAUCAAUCAAACAUAUAUUUUUUUUUUAUCAAGAUGAGGAAGAAUCAUUUCCUCACAUAUACUUGUUAUCUAGAAACUCUGAGGUACCCUGUCAGUGUUGUUCUAUUACACCAACAUCAUAUCAAGAAUUUAGACAAGAAAAAAAUAAAGCAAUUAUUAAUUCUACAAAAAAAGAAUUUUUAGAAGAAAAAAAAGAUAAUUUAAUGAAAGAACCUAUAAAAACAGAUGUUAAUAAUGUGCCAAAACAACAACGGGAAAAGAAAUCAGAUAUUGUUUUAUCUCCUAAUGAGUUAAUAAAAAUAAAUGAAAAUAAUACUAUUACAAAAUCUGGUAACACAACAAAAAUUACAGCUGUCACUGAACAACCAAAAGUUGGUGAACAUUUAAAAAAUAUUAAUAUUGAAAAAGAAAAAAAUAAUAAAAAUAAUAAUGGUUGUUGUAUGUGGUGUAGAAACUUUUGUACUACGUGUAAAGCUGAAUUUGGUAAAUGUUGUAUUGAUAUUAUGGGAAAUAUUUAA